GCAAGUGGACAGCGAGAGUGUCCAGCUUGUUCGGAGCCAAGCAUGGAGCCGGGCGGCCUCUCCGCAUCCUCCUCCUCCUCCUCCUCCUUGGAAGGCGUCUCAAGGGUGGUGCUGGUGGUGGUGGGCUUCUGAGCCGUGACCGGGGUCCCACACCGAGAGGGCCAUGGGGUUCAGAACGGUGCUCCUGCUCUUGCUCUGCGUCUGGAUGUGGGGGCCCGUCGCGUCCGAGCUGGCCACGUCCUGUUCCUCGUCCCCGUGCACGAACGGCGGGACCUGCCUUGAGCUGGAGCGUGGCUACCGGUGCGCCUGCCCCCAGAGCCCGCUUGCCUACGUGGGUCAAGACUGCGAGUUCCUCUUCGACGCCUGCGCCGGGCACUCCUGCCCGCCCGAGUGGAGCUGCUCCGGGACGCCCGGAUACUUGAACUACUCGUGCCACUGCCGGCCGGACCCGCUAGGAGCCGACUGCAGCGUCCGAGGGGACGAGUGCGAGCACGACCCGUGCCCGGAGCCUCACCUGGACUGCGUCCCGCUGCCCAACGGCUACGGCUGCCAAUGCGGGAGCGCAGAGAGCUGCCCGAGGGGCCCGCCGGCGUGCUCCAGCCAGCCCUGCCACAACAACGGGAGCUGCGCCGAGGAGGCCGGGGGCUACUCCUGCGAGUGCCCGCUGGGCUACGGCGGUCCCCGGUGCGAGGAGGACGUGGACGAGUGCGCCUCCGCCCCGUGCCAGAACGGGGCCAUCUGCCUGGACAGGGUCGGCGAGUACAGCUGCUUCUGCGUGCCCGGCUUCCAGGGACACCACUGCGAGAUCGACAUCAACGAGUGCGCCUCCCGGCCGUGCCGGCACAACGGCACCUGCCUCAACCUCAUGGACCACUACCUUUGCCAGUGCCUGCCCGGAUACACAGGUAUGAAUUGCGACGUGGAGAUCGACGAAUGCGAAUCCGCCCCUUGCUGGCACGGCGGCACUUGCAGCGACCACGUCGGCUUCUUCUCCUGCUCCUGUCCGCCGGGAUACGAGGGCGAGCGGUGCGAAGUCGAUGUCGACGAGUGCCAGAGCCGGCCCUGUCUCAACGGAGGCGCAUGCCACGACCUCGUAGACAGCUACGAGUGCGACUGCCUCGGCACUGGGUUCGAAGGGCGGCGCUGCGAGCUGGACGUCUUGGAGUGUGCCUCCCAGCCUUGCCAGAAUGGGGCGUCCUGCCUGGAAGACGUGGGGCGCUACACCUGCGCUUGCUGGCCAGGAUAUGUGGGAGACCACUGCGAGGAGGACGUGGACGAGUGUUCCCAGGAGCCCUGCCUGAACGGCGGCCAGUGCUUCGAGCGGUCCAACCAGAGCUAUUACGGGGGGCGCGAGGGCUUCCCCGCGGAGUUCAACUACCAGGAGGCUGCCGGGUUCGUCUGCGAGUGCCAGCCGGGCUUUGAAGGAGAGACCUGCUCCGUCAACGUGGACGAAUGCGCCUCCCGGCCCUGCCAGAACGGAGGAAGCUGCGCCGACCUGGUGAACGGCUACGAGUGCCAUUGCCUGCCAGGAUACUCGGGUGUGGAGUGUGCCACCGACGUUGACGAGUGUGAGGGGCACCCGUGCGAAAACGGGGCUGCCUGCGAAGACGGCCUUGCCGACUACAUCUGCCAUUGCGUCCCGGGCCCGGACGGCACUGCUUGGGGUGGGAAGAACUGCUCGGUGGAGCUGACCGGCUGCCGGAGCCACGGCUGCCAGAACGAGGCCUUGUGCACCCCCACCUACCAGUCCGGGGCCCACGGACACCUGUGCCAGUGCCGCCCCGGGUUCUACGGCCCCACCUGCGCCACGCCCACCACCUUCUCCUUCACAUCCCGCGUCUAUCUCUUCAUCAACAUGUCUGCAAACAGCGAGAGCAAAAGGAGCCUCCUCUCCGGCGUGGCUCUCCGCUUCCGGACCACCUUGCCGGACGCCGUCCUCUUCUACCGAGGCCACCAGACGGAGCGCCUCUACCUAGAACUGACCGGCGGCCUUCUGCGGGUGACCUUUUCCGUGCGGGAAGCCACAACGUCUUUCACCUUGGCGGCGCCACACGUCGACGACGGCCACUGGCACAAGGCCGAAGUCCUCCUGCACGAGUCCCUCGAGCUCCGGCUGUGGCACGAAUCCUGCGCGGCCGGCGUCUGCUUGACCAGCCACCCCCUCGAAGCGACAGCCGUGGCCUCCUCCCUGCCCUCCCUCUUGCAGAUAUACAUCGGGGGAGUUGAGGAGAAAUUAUUGUCCAGCCCUGUCAAGAACUUCAUUGGUUGCCUCCAAGACUUGAGGAUCGAUUCCAAGGUGGUCCUACCACAGGAAGUGGCCGGGCAGCAAUCCUCCGGCUUCCAGCUGGGCUGCGAGAGGACGGAGUGGUGUCUCUCUGAUCCUUGUUUACACGGCGGACGGUGUGUUGACCUCUGGGCGGACUUUCGCUGUCACUGUCCUCGGCCGUAUGAAGGCCGCACGUGCUCCUUCGAGUCUCCGGCGGCAACAUUUGGGCAAGACAACUCCUCGAGCGUGGCUACUUUUGCGGUCAGCAACAACCCUGGAGCAAACUUCAACCUUUCCUUCUUCAUCCGAACUCUGAAGCCCAGUGGUCUGGUGCUCCAAAUCAGCAAUGGGAGCGAUCCUUUCCUGACAGUGUACCUGAAGGAUGGAAGGCUCCAGGUCGAGGUGCCAGCACUUGAACCCAUUGGGCCACCGGGACACCUGGCUAAUGGCGUGAGGCACUUUGUGAUGCUUUCCUUCCUUGACGGUGUUGUGUAUGCCAGCCUUCUCAACACAGAGGAGGAUCUGGGACCUCUGGUGAUCACUCCUCUCACGGCUGGCUUUGAGAUUCAUGUGGGCGGGCUCCAAGACCCAGACAGCAUGAGCGCAUGGGGUGGCCACUUUAAAGGCUGCCUUCAAGACGUCCAGCUCAAUCAUCACCAGAUGGAGUUCUUCCCCCAUUUAGCCCAAAACAGGAGCGUUUCGCCAGAGGUGUACCUGGGACAGGUCACCAGUGUUGGACCAGGAUGCACCUCGGAUGAUACCUGCAAGUCGGGGCCGUGCCUGAACGGUGGCCGCUGUGCCGUCACCUGGAACGACUUCAACUGCAGCUGCCCGGACAACUUCACCGGGAAACACUGCGAGGAGAGGAUCUGGUGCAAAAGCGAACCGUGCCCACAAGCCACAACUUGCAUCGACGUUGCCUCGGGCUAUGUCUGCCUGGCUAGUGUCACCUUCUCCGAGCACAACGCUGUUGAGUUCACCGCCAACGGCACCGUCACUAGGGCUCUCCACAGCUUCCGCCUGGACUUCAGGACGCGGGACGAAGAUGCCACUUUGCUCCGGGCUGCGGAGGAGGUGGACUCUCUGCUGGUGGCCGUCCAGAACUCCUCCCUGUGGGUUGAGAUCCGGAGCGGGAACGGCGUAGAGGGAGCGAGUUUCCUGGGCAAGGAGUCUGUUUCCGACGGUUCGUGGCACACACUCACUCUCUCCAUGGAGGACCCCUUGGCCCUUUCCUCGAGGUGGCAGCUCCACUUGGACAAGUCCGCGAAUGCCACCCUUGAGGGGAAUGCCGGGAAUCUGGACUUCCUGAGAAGCAAGACGGUGAUCGUCCUGGGUGAGAACUUCACAGGCUGCCUCGGGCACGUGGACAUCGGUGGGGUGCUUCUGCCCCUGUCCGUCCCCGUGAGUUACCCGCAGCCUGAGCAGUUCCUGCAGAUGGACGGCGGGGCGGCCCUCCUCGGCUGCGAGGGAGCGGACGUCUGCUCCUCCGGCCCGUGCCGCCACGGGGGUUCCUGCCAGGACCUCUUCAACGCCUUCAGCUGUGCCUGCGGCCCUGGGUGGGAAGGUCCGCUCUGCGAGGCCAACGUCGACGACUGCACCCCCAACCCCUGCGUCCACGGGGAGUGCGUGGACGAGGUGGGGGACUUCCAGUGCGACUGCCACAAGGGCUACAUCGGGAAGCGGUGCCAGAUCAACGUGGACGACUGCGUGAGGCACAAGUGCCAGAACGGGGCCACCUGUGUCGACGAAGUCUACAGCUACUCCUGCAAGUGCCCGCCACAGUUCACCGGCCCCUUCUGCGAGUGGCCGUUUCCUCCUGAAGAAUGUGGCAAGAACUUCACCUGUCUGAAUGGGGGCAAAUGCAUCAGCGGGCCCUGGGGAGCCAACUGCACCUGCAAGCCGGGUUACACGGGCAGAAAAUGCCAGAUCAACAUCAACGACUGCGAGCCCAACCCCUGCCAGAACGGAGGCACCUGCCAGGAUUCGGUGAACCGGUACCGGUGUUUGUGCAGCGCCAGCUUCACCGGGGAGCGCUGUGAUAUCGAUCGACCGGCGUGGGCCCAAGUCAGCAGCUCCACCCUGGUGGGAGCCGUGGGAGCGGCCGGAGCGGCCGUGCUGGUGGCCAUCUUCGGCAUCUCCGUGGUGGCCAUGAAGAAGCGGAGGGCCACGCAGGGCACGUACAGCCCCAGCCGGCAGGAGAAGGACGGGGCGCGCGUGGAGAUGUGGAACGUCAUCAAGCUGCCGCCGUUGGAGCGGCUGAUCUGAGCCCCCAAGGACCCAACAUGGAAAGACCUGAACGAGAGUGGCACCAGCGAGGCUUAGGACAGCCAUUGCUCCACGUGCGGGAAACGCUGAGCCAGCGACCGAGGGACGCAACGGAAGAGGCUGGGCGCUGGUUCGGGCCGACGGACACAACAAGGCCGGAGUGAGCAAAAUGGUGCGUGACCUCGUUGACACAGGCGACGGCUCAAAGCGUCCAGGCCGUGGCUUCCCCCAGGAGAGCGGGAGCGGGGGGAACGCCGUCGGCUGCUCCCAGUACGAACCCACUCCGCUCAACCAGCCGCCAAGGAGGACCUCCAGUGCCUUGUAAACACGUUGCUUCCAUCAGUAGUCGUUCUCUAACCAGUCACAAGACCACGAGAGCCUCCACCCAACGGACUGGCUAGUUGUGAAAGCCUCCUUUGCCAGCGAGUUCCCAAGCUCCCAACGUGAAACAACCCUUGCUUCUUCUCCCUGGAGUUUUGCUCAAGCUCAAGCGGGUGCCUCUAGCCCGGACAUGGGUCAACGUUGGUCCUCCUUCAGGUGUUUUGGACUUCAACUCCCAUCAUUCCUAACAACCUCAGGCCCUUAAGCGGCGGAGGAAGAAAAGGAACGGGCCUGAGGAUGAUAGGAAUCGUGUUGUCGAAGGCUUUCAUGGCCGGGAUCACAGGGCCAUGUUCCAGAAGUAUUCUCUCCUGACGUUUCGCCCACAUCUAUGGCAGGCAUCCUCAGAGGUGGUGAGGAAUAUAUCUCCAUGUUCCAGAAGCAUUCUCUCCUGACGUUUCGCUCACAUCUAUGGCAGGCAUCCUCAGAGGUUGUGAGGAAUAUAUAUCUCCAUGUUCCAGAAGCAUUCUCUCCUGACGUUUCGCCCACAUCUACGGCAAGCAUCCUCAGAGGUUGUGAGGAAUAUAUCUCCAUGUUCCAGAAGCAUUCUCUCCUGACGUUUCGCUCACAUCUGUGGCAGGCAUCCUCAGAGGUUGUGAGGAAUAUAUCUCCAUGUUCCAGAAGCAUUCUCUCCUGACAUUUCGCCCACGUCUAUGGCAGGCAUCCUCAGAGGUUGUGAGGAAUAUAUCUCCAUGUUCCAGAAGCAUUCUCUCCUGACGUUUCGCUCACAUCUGUGGCAGGCAUCCUCAGAGGUUGUGAGGAAUAUAUAUCUCCAUGUUCCAGAAGCAUUCUCUCCUGACGUUUCGCCCACAUCUAUGGCAGGCAUCCUCAGAGGUUGUGAGGAAUAUAUCUCCAUGUUCCAGAAGUAUUCCUUCCUGAUGUUUCGCCCACAUCUAUGGCAGGUAUCCUCAGAGGUUGUGAGGCAUGGAUAGUCUAGGCAAGGAAGGUAAAUAUGUAUCUGGGUGUGACAAGAGUCCUUUGUCAGUUGGAAGCCAGCGUUAAUGUUACAGUUAAUCACCCUAAUUAGCAUUGGAAAGGUUUGUCUCUUGCCUGGGGAGCAUCCUUUGUUCAGUCAUUAGCCACAGAUGUGGGCGAAACGUCAGGAGAGAAUGCUUCUGGAACAUGGCCACGCAGCCCGAAAGACACGCAACAACCCUGAUAGGAAUUGUGUUGGAAUCAUCCGCAUACCCAAUCACCUGGAGGGCCCAAGUUUGCCCAUGCCCGUGGUAGAGCCAUCCUGCUGUGUUUAAUUUAUGGACGCUUUUGUUUUCCGCACCGUGGACUUUGAAACUUUUGAUAUUUAAUUUUGGGAUAUAUAUUUUUUCACAGACACGACCGGGCCGGCGGACAUAGUUGUGAUUAAAAAUGUUGCCUCCGUGUGUACACAUGGAAUUGUUGAUAGAAAAGUCUAUUUUUCAUUAAAAAGACAAAACUUG